CACGACAACGAGGCCCUCUCCUCCAGCUCUUCAGCGACUACCCAUCUCUCCUUCCUCCCCGUCUUCGCCCUUCGAUUCCCGCAUCGCUGACUUCCGGCAGUCCUCCUCUGCCGGCUCGACGCGACGCGGCGCCGUACGCGGGCCCAGUUUCUUGAACCAAGUCCGUGUCGGACUCUCGCGGUCGCGCCCCGAGCCCGCUGGUCGGACCUCGUCGUCCGGGUGGGGAGGCCCGAGACGGUGCUCGUCGAAUUGGUCAGGGCCGUGGGGGCGGACGCGGUGUAUUGCCAUCGGGAGGUGUCCAACGAGGAGGUGAAGACGGAGGAGAGGGUGGAGAAGGCGAUGGAGGAGGAGGGGGUGGAGGUUAAGUACUUUUGGGGGAGUACGUUGUACCACAUUGAGGAUUUACCAUUUGAUUUGGAGAAGAUGCCCACCAAUUAUGGAGGGUUUAGGGAGAAGGUGAAGGGGGUUGGGGUGAGGAAGACGAUUGAGGCGCUGGAUCAGGUUAAGGGGUUGCCGGCGCAAGGGGAUGUGGAGGUUGGGGAGGUGCCCAGCUUGUUGGAUUUGGGUUUGAACCCACCGCCGAUGGGCCAGGAUGGUAAAGCUGCAGUUACUGCAUCCCUAAAGGGAGGAGAGACUGAGGCCCUGGAGAGACUGAAAACGUUUGCAGCUGAAUGCCAUGCCCAACCUAAAACUGAGGGCAAGGGUGGUGCUCGAGACAGCAUCUAUGGUGCUAAUUUCUCUUGCAAGAUCUCUCCAUGGUUAGCUACAGGAUGUCUUUCUCCACGUUUUAUGUUCGAGGAACUGAAAAAGACUGCAGCCAGAACCAUAUCUGCGUCAACUAAGAAGCAAGGCGAUGAUGGAAUGAACUGGCUUAUGUUUGAGUUAUUAUGGAGGGAUUUCUUCAGGUUCAUAACUAAGAAAUACAGCUCCAACAAAAGAAAGACUGAAGCGGUACCCGCUACAGCUUGCACUGGAGCCCUUGCUUGAGACUCUAAAUCUGGAUGUCAAAGGAAAUUUAUUGUGAGGGUUGAGUUAAAAAUGGUUAAAGUCAUCUUUUCGAGUUUUGUGUCCCUGAUCAAUGUUGUAGCUUGAAAUUUAUGAAGUUGAUCAAUUUUUGGUCUGCAAACUAACAUACUAUGUUCUUUGAUUAAGGUUGUCUUAUAUCAGACUGGAAAUUUCAUUAAUAAAACAGUUUCUGAAUUUUAUGA